AUGGCAACUCGGGAGCGCUCGCCACCAAGCCGCCUCGGCGACGAGUCAACACACGAGUUCUAUGACGUCACAGUGACACCGUCGGAGGUCACUAGACGCCGAAGGACCGACGGAAGAACCGAGAGAACGAGGUCACGACCGCUGACCAAGAGAAAGGGCGAUACGAAACGGUUUCGAACUGAAGGAGAAACACACUGCACUUCUGGCGCCCGUUCCUCACACCUCGAGACUGAUACUAAACAUGACGUCAAGAUGUCUUCAGGUUAUAAUCCGGAUUCACCCGCAUUCCCUCACGAACGCUCGCUUGCCUCGUCGGGGCUUCCGGAUACAAAUAUCUACACAGCUUUUAUCCGUUCAGUAGUUGAUUAUCUAUCUCCAACUCUUAGUCAACUCUCCAAGACAGCACUAGAUCCCCUAGAAAAAUUUCAGAAUAAGGUAAUGCGCUGCAUUCUAGGAUGCCCAGUGUCCACUAGGAUUGCUAACAUGCAGCAGGAGCUUCGUCUCCUUCCUCUUGUGGAACGAAUCUUUGCCAAUGUAACAUUCUUUACUGUUAAGUGUCUCCAUUCCUCCAGUCUUGCUCCACAUUAUGCAGGCCUUAUUAAUAUGUCACUUGACCCCGAUUCUCGUCCCCCACAACUCCGACCAGGUGGCCGUGCUCUUAUUAGGAAUGUUUGCCGAGACCUUAGAAGAUUGGAUAUUAAUGUUCCCCAAGAGGAAGUUGACCAUGGUCCUCCCCCGUGGCAAACUACUCCUGUAGCAGUUUCCUACACACCCACCUGUAGGAGGGACCUACCCUGCCAACAGAAACAACUAGCCCUUGAGGCCAUUGACAAGGUAAGGUCUUCCAUUCCUGCCUCUCACACCCUCUACGUUGACGGUUCUUUACAAAUAGAUGGAACUGCUGGCUGUGCUGUCUACUCUCCUACUAUGGAACCACCGAAUGAAGGAUGGACUGGACGCCGUCUGCGGGACUGGUCAAGCUCUACCUCCUGUGAACUGCAUGGGCUUCUAGAUGCUGUUAGCCUACUUUUAAGGACCAGAAGCAAUGGACUAGUUAUUUGUGACUCGCAGUCUGCCCUCUGUGCCCUCUCCUCCCCAAAGCCUGAGGCCCGUAGCCUAGUCAAUAACAUACUGCGCCAUCUAGUCACGGCCAUUAGACAUGCACUUGUAAUACAUUUCCUAUGGAUUCCCUCGCACGUUGGAGUAGCAGCUAAUGAUGUUGUGGACCGUCUUGCCAAAGCUGCCUGUAGACUUGCCCUACCUGCGGCAGACGCCUCGCCAGCAACCCUCUCCCACUACAAGCGGAGGAUACGUACUUCCGCUCAAUUGUCAACCACCCGGCGCAGGAACGUCGAGCGGCCAGCGAGUGUGAGCAUCCAGCACUACGACCACUUCGCCUCUCGUCCCUACAAGUACCGACGCCGCGGUCUGCUGGUAAGAAGACACAAUGUGGUGGCUGCCCGGCUCCGGUUAGGCUACAGACCAGUGUGGCAGGUGGGCGAGGCAGAGGACGUGCCCCAGUACUCAUCGUGCAAGUUGUGUGACGCAUACAACGCGAACCACCUCCAGCAUUACUGCCUCGAGUGUCCAAAAGUUGCUGAUCUCAUAUCAAACAGAGACUCUGUCUUAGACGUGUGCAAGUACUUAUUAGCAGAGGACAAUCUAGAUGUAAUACUUUUGCAAUACCCAUAUUUUGGUGGCCGUUAA